UCUUAUCUUAUCUUAUCUAUACACACAAUAUGUUCAUUUGAUAAAUUGAUAAAUACUUAACCAUGGAACGUGAAUGGGAAUGCUGUGUUUGUACUUUAGUAAAUAAAGCCUCUAAUCGUACAUGUGAGGUUUGUUUGAAUACAAAACCAUCAUCUGCAGACACUGAGUCACCAUAUUUAGAGAAUACAGCUAUCAGUGGAUGGAACUGUCCUGUAUGCUCGUACAAUAACAAAGGAAACGAUCAAAUAUGCGGGAUAUGUACCAGUUCACGUGACGCUAGUGCUACAGGACCAGUAAAUAUUCCUGAUUAUCUAAACAGAGACGCAACUGAGAGACCAAAGUUUAGUGGAGUGAUAGAUUCAACUGAAUUGCGAAUUGUAAUAAUUGGCAAAACGGGGACAGGUAAAAGCGCCACCGGAAAUACAAUCUUAGGCAAACGUGAAUUUGAAUCUAAAGUAUGCGGAGCCUCUAUUACAAACAAAUGCCAGCUUGGAAUGAACACAAGAUUCGACCGCAAAAUCGUGGUUGUGGAUACUCCAGGACUAUAUGAUACAGGAAUGACAAAUGAGCAAGUUACAAAGGAAAUAGUAAAAUGUAUAGGAAUGACUGCGCCAGGACCACAUGCUAUUUUGCUUACGGUCAACGUUGGUCGAUUUACCAAGGAAGAACAAGAUACGGUUAAACAUUUUGUUGAUCAUUUUGGAAUUGGAAUGUACAAUUACCUAAUGGUUGUUUUCACAAGAGCAGACGAUCUUGAAGAUGAAAAUGUAGACAUUAGGGAUUACGUCAAAAAUUGUCCCCAGUCACUUAAGGCAAUUCUCAAUCUUUGUGACCACCGGUAUAUCCCUUUUAACAAUAAACUUUCUGGUUAUCGUCAAGAGCAGCAAGUUAAAAAUUUGAUAGGCAGCGUGGAUGAGGUUGUGCGCAAACAUGGUGGUUUUUGUUACACAAAUGAAAUGUAUGAAGAAGCCGAAAAAACACUGCAAAGACGUGAAGAUGAAGUAAAGAGAAAGUUGAAGGAAGAGGAACGACGAAAAGUAGAAACCCUUCACCGCCAUCUUCAAAUAGAAUUUGAUGAAAAGUUUGCAAUGGCGAAUGAGGAAAAAGAAAAGCUUGCCGAUGAAAUCAAGGAAAUCGAAAUUGAAAAAAAGAAAGCAGAAUCUCGGGAAGCAGAAACAAGAGACCAAAUAACUGCGUUAAAAAAUGAGCUGAGAGAUUGUAAGCAACAAGACGAAACCCGAAAUAAAGAACAAGAAGAAAAGUUGGAACGAAAGCUACGUGAUAUGGAAAGAAAGCAAGCAGAACAAGCACAAAUGCAAACCAAUAAAGCAAACGAAGACCGAAUAACGCAACUACAGAAACAAAUGGAAGAUAACGAGCGUAGACGAGAACAACAGCUAGAGGAUUUGAGAAGGGAAAACGAACGGAAAGUUCGGGAUGUGGAAGAAAGCUAUAGGAGACAACAGGAAGCAUCCGCUUUACGUGAUAACUCUAGAAAAGGGAUUGAAAAGGAAGAAGAUAUGUUUUCCCAAAUAUGGACAGGAAUAAAAGGAGCUGCAAAAGUAGUGGUUCAAACUGUGAAGAAAUGUUCUAUAAUGUAAAAGGAAACUAACUUUGUUUUCGUUUAAAUGCCUUUUUUCUUUGGCCUGCAAUAUAUUUAAGUUUAAGUGAAAACUUUCCAAAAAAAACCAAUAUAAUUGUGAUUUUAGUUUAAUAUUGUGCAAUUGAAAUGAAACAUAAUGGUUUGCGUAAUUAUGAAGUAUAUGUGUCUAUGUAUAAAAGCAGUUUUUAUGCCCCCGCCGUAGCGGAGGGGGCAUUAAGUUUUACCCUUGUCCGUCCGUACGUCCCAAAGUUGGUAAUCCGUUCUCUAACUUAAGUUUUCCUCAACCAAAUUUUAUGAAACUUAUACACAAUGCUUAUAACCACAAAAUACAGAUCAAGUUGGAAUUUUGAUGGUGUCACCUUUACUGUUCUAGAGUUAUGCCCCUUUACAAAUGGAAAAAUUGCUGAAUUUUUCGUUUCCGUUCUCUAACUUAGGUUUGUCUCAACCAAUUGUUUUGAAGCUUAAUAUACACAAUGCUUAUUACCACAAAACACAGAUUAGUUUUAAAUUUUGGUGGUGUCACUUUAAUCGUUCUAGAGUUAUGCUCUUUACAAAUGGAAAAAUUCCUGAAUUUUUCGUUUCCGUUCUCUAACUUUAGUUUGUCUCAACCAAAUGUUAUGAAGCUGAUACACAAUGCUUAUUACCACAAAACUCAGAUCAAGUACAAAUUUGGGUAGCGUCACUUCUUCCUUUCUUCGGUUAUGUCCCUUUAUAUCUUUAUAUGAUAUGCAAGCGGAGGCAUCAUCUGUGUCCCAUGGACACAUUCCACAUUUAUUUGUUUACAUAACAUAACUGUUACAUUAAAGUUCUGAACAAGUCAAUCAAAUGUGUACAUGUACUACUCAUAAUCAUCCUACUCUCAAAUAUUUUGAAUAUUGCCUACAGUAUCUGUGAAACUUGUUCUACUUGCUUAUGUUCACUUCAUGUCUUUAUAGUACUAUACAAAUGUCUUUCUGUUGUGUCUUGUUUUAUCUCCAAAAAUAAUGUACAAAGAAUAUGUGUUUAUCCAUAAAAUUAAAGAAUAAUUCUAUGA